AUGGCCAGCACAGUCAACGUCGAGAACAUCAGCACGAAGACGAGCGAGGAUGAGAUCAAGUCUUUCUUCAGUUUCUGUGGCAAGAUCCAGUCUCUCAGCGUAAAGUCAACAGGCGACGACACACAGUCUGCAUCCGUCACCUUCGAGAAGACCGCCGCCGCGAAGACUGCGCUGUUGCUCGACAACACACAACUAGGCCCCAACUCCGUCCAAGUCAGCUCAACCAAGUCCAUCGACGAGAUUGCCGGUGACAACGCUACCUCGGCUGAGGAGGCUAAGGAUGGCGACCAGAACAUUGAGCAAGAGCAGAAGCCACGCGCACGUAUCUUCGCCGAGUACCUCGCCCACGGCUACGUCCUCUCCGACAAGGCCAUCGAGUCUGCCCUUGCUGCCGACAAGCAAAACGGCUACAGCACCAAGUUCACACAAGCCCUCCAGAACUUCGACUCGAAGACUCAGGCUUCACAGAAGGCGCAGGCCGUUGACGCCAAGCUUGGUCUCACAAAUAAGGCAUUCGCUGGCUGGAACAGCUUGACCACAUACUUUGAGAAAGCUUCCACCACACCAACCGGCCAGAAGCUAAGGGCUUUCUACGACCAAGGCAACAAGACUGUCAUGGAUGUCCACAACGAAGCCCGCCACCUGGCCAAUCUCAAGAAGACGGAUCAGGGUAGCAAGUCCAGCGCCGAGGGAUCGGAGAAGCCCACGAGCUCUACCAACGAGAAGGCCGGUGACCAGUCGUACGCUUCUGCCGCUGCUCCCACAUCUUAA